AUGACCAUCGAGGUGUGGAACCUUUCUUCUUCGAGAGCCAUCGUUUCCUGGACGCCCAAGGAGCCCUGCCAGGAGGACCAUUACCAUGUUAUGUACAGGGCCAACUGGAACAACAUCUUCACCGGCUACAUUCGCAACAGCUUCCACUACGAGGAGAAGGUGCCUCGAACCGUCAGCAGGGUGGCCCUCGAGCACCUCGCCCCUUCCACUUUCUACUUCCUGUGCGUCAGCUGCAAGAAGCUUACCUACCCCCAGAAGCAUUACUGCACCAUGUUCUACACCCCGGAUAAGAACCCGCUGGUUCCCAGAGGCUACCUGGUGAACCCCCAGCUCUCCCUGUGGGUCCUGCUGGCCAUUCUGCUGGCCUGCUUCACAGCCGUCCUUGCUUUCAUCUGCCUCCAGUACUGGUGCCUCCGCUGCCAUGUGCCCCGUUGGUCUUACAGAGAGCCCCACAUAAUGGAAGCCAACGGAUUGGUGAGAUGGCCACGGGACGGCCCGGCUCCUGAUCAGGAAGAGGAAGACCAGCAGGGGCUCCCCCUGGUGGAAAGGCCACGCAGAGAUUCAGGAGCUGGAGUAGAACUGGAGGCCGAAGCCGCAGCCGCAGCAGCAGCAGCAGCCGAAGCCGACGCCGACCAGGAUGCCCCCAAUGCAGGUGCCCCCCAGAGGGAGGGUGGUGGCCAACCUGGCAUUGUGCCUCAUUUUGAGGAGUGA